CUACGAGACACGACCAUUCAUAAUUUGACUCGGUCAUUUCGAACCGCACCAAUUUAAUGAGAAUGAGUCAACAAUAUGUAACACUCAGCGAUGGGGCCAGGCUUUACGUCAAGCUUCUUGGCGGGAACAAGAGAGAGAAACCGCUAGUGAUUGUUCUUCAUGGAGCGCCGGGGCUUUCAAGUCAUGCCGAGCCGGAAAGAUCGUUCGGCUUUCUGCAAGAUCAGUUCCGUGUGUUGGUUUACGACGCAAGAGGCAGUGGAACAAGCGACCAGAAACUACCUUAUACCGAUCAACGAUGGGUAGAGGAUGUUGACGAGCUCAGGUCUUGGGCAGGAGCUGAAAACAUCAUUCUCGCCGGGGGGUCUUACGGAGGGUUCAUAGCUCUCCAAUACGCAUUAUCCCAUGGUAACCGCUUGUCGGCACUGAUCCUUAGGGACACCUGGCCCUGGGGCGCAUUGAGUACGUUGACGGUUCUGAAGACUAUUUUAACAUCAGACCGCAUCAGCCCCAACCCGGAUCGUCAGGUUCGCUUAUGGUCUGGGACGCUACUUGACGAUGAGGAUUUCGCAGAGGCUUAUAAGGAGAUUGUACCUAUGUAUGCACCUAAGCCGCCCAAAACGCCAAAGGAUGCCGAGGCAGUGGCAGACUUCGAGGGUGAGAAGGCAACGAAGAGGCCGGAAAAUCUACAUUCAGCCACGCAGAACGCUGCCUUCUCGUACAAUGUGCCACGAUUUGAUGUACGGGACAGACUGAAAGAUAUCACGGCCGCAACGCUGGUAGUCCAUGGCCGUCACGACCUGAUUGUGCCAAUUGAAUAUGGCAAACAGAUCAGUGACGGAAUUCCAAAUGCGCGCUUGGUAGUAUUUGAACACUCAGGCCAUAGUCCUCCAACAGACGAGCCGGAUGCAUUUAAAACAAGCGUCAAGGAUUUCCUGUCCUCGAUUGGCCUCUGGGUUCGGGUGAGUGAUUGAGAGAAAGCCAUUCAGGCUUUGAGGGGCAUGACACAAGUGAGUUGAGUGAGUUGCGUGCACAAUCAGCAUAUUUAACAGAUAGUCUGAGUAGACAAAUGGGUGGCACUGGACUUCAAAAUUGGCCAGAUUAUAUAAUGUAUUUGGUUGUAUCCUAGUGUAGACGGAAUUACACAAGAAGACAAGACCAUACAUCACCGGUGUUUCCCAAGUGGUCACCCACCUGAGUACUAAUUCAGCGCAGUAUGGUAAGUGUACGUGAAUGUUGUCCGUUACAGAGCGCAUUAAACGGAAGGCAGGAGCUAGAGUUUAGCGUGGUGAACAGGC